UGGCGAAAAACCCCCACAAUUAUUGUGACAGAAUACAAAUGCUUUCGUACCACUCUGUUGAGUCAGCUCAGUCCAUAACCUGAGUCUCUCCGACAGCAGGAGCCAGCAGGAGAACCGCCUUGUGAAGUUGUGAAUCAAUUAUGCGCCAGCCCGCUCCUGAUUGGCCCAGCCGUGAGAGUGCGGUGCCAAACGCAGCGGGGCGGGGAGAGAUGAGAAGCACGAAAUCCAUUGAUGAACUGUUGGGAGAGCUGAAGGAGGUAAAUUCAUUUCUUGCUGAAGUGGCUCACUGGUCUUGAGGUGGAAAUUUGUUGCUCUUGAGGAAGAAUGUCCUGCAGGAGUGUGUGCUGUAACCGCUGGUCAUCUGAGGAGAGGUUAGAUGGGAAAACAGUCAUCAUCACCGGAGCCAACACUGGUAUUGGCAAAGAAACGGCCAGGGACCUGGCAAGGAGAGGUGCACGCAUCAUCAUGGCGUGCAGAGACCUGGAGAGGGCAGAGGAGGCGCGGACAGAGAUUUUGGAAGACACAGGAAAUGAGAAUGUGGUCAUCAGGAAACUGGAUCUAUCCGACACCAAGUCCAUCAGAGCGUUUGCUGAGCUCAUCAACAAAGAGGAGAAAGGAGUGAAUAUCUUGAUAAACAAUGCAGGCAUCAUGAUGUGUCCCUACUCCAAGACUGCAGACGGGUUUGAAAUGCAGUUAGGGGUCAAUCAUUUGGGUCACUUCCUGUUAACUUACCUGCUGCUGGACCUCAUCAAGCGUUCAGCUCCUGCCCGUAUUGUCGUCGUGGCAUCAGUGGCCCACACCUGGACCGGGCUUCGACUGGAUGACAUCAACAGUGAGAGGAGUUACGAUACCAUGAAGGCCUAUGGACAGAGCAAGCUGGCUAACGUCCUCUUCGCGCGCUCACUUGCCAAACGGUUACAAGGUACAGGGGUGAAUGUGUUCUCUCUGCACCCGGGGGUGGUGCAGUCUGACCUGUGGAGGCACCAGCACCAGUGUAUCCAGGUGGCAGUGAAGAUCUUCAGGAUUUUCACCAAGACAACAGUGGAGGGAGCACAGACCACCAUCUACUGUGCUGUGGAGCCACAUCUGGACGGCCAGAGUGGAGGGUACUUCAGUGACUGCGCUCCUGCUAGGUGCUCAAGGGCUGCUUCUGAUGAUGACUUGGCCCAAAAACUGUGGGAGAUCAGCUGCAACAUGCUUGGCAUUACCUGGCAGUGAAUAGCGGCAAAUUAACUGUGCAGUGAAUGAUAUAUUUUUUAUCAAGGCAUUAAUGUUACUGUUGUGAAAAAAAUGUAUUUUAUGAAGUACAGUACAGUCCAAAGGUCAUUGGAUCACUACCAAGAGCUCCUUUUAUUAAAUAAAAUAUCACAAAUGAAUCCAACGUUUUAGUCAAAUUGUAUUUAUCAAACACGACUGCAUGAUGUUUUACCCAUAUGUCAAACUGUUUGUUAGCAUUCACUGACAAAUUAAUUUCAAUACUUUUUGUAAAAUUUUAAAUACUUUGAAGAAAUACUCUUGAACUUUGUUUUUACUGUACUUUUACGCACUGAUGUGGGCAUUCUUUGCUUAGUCAGUGCUGAUGCUGUUCUGUCUUAUUAGCUUGUAAAGGCGUUAGCCAGCAUUGGGCUUGCUUUGGAUGAAAAUGACCUGGUUUGUGAAAGUCUGUCUUACAUGUCCCCUUACAAACUCUCAGUUUGUAAGUUCCAGUGUGGCAGUGGGAUAGUUUUUGGCACUGAUGAGAACAAUUUUCUAAACAGCUUCCAAAAGCCCCUUUUUCAAAGUAACUUUUUAAUGAAAUACUGUACAUCAGGGCACACAUGCAGUAUUGUGGUUGACAGUCAAAACACUUACAGUAUAUGACAGUUAAUAUGAAGUGGGUCCUGUUCUGCUUUUGUAGUAUCAGAAUGGACAUUUAUUGAUCAGUAAAACAUGAGCCAUUGGUCUAAAAUGAUUAUUAUUUUUUUUUCAUUGAACAGCCUUGUAUCAUGCAAUCUGCAGUUUCAGAUGCCUUCCUGUUAGCUGAGGAAGGAAACAUGUAAGAUGAUCUGUUAUGUGGCUGUACUGAGGUAAUACGGUUACCUCAAUACAUUGUGACCAUAAUAUAUUCACAUUAUGAUUGUAAUCAUAAUAUGGUUGCAAUGUGUCAGCAUGUUGAGGCUUUUGCAAAGCCUCUGAAAUUGGGAAUAUGUUAAUGUGCCAAUAUGUACAUAAUGUAAAAAUUAAACAUGUUAGACUGGCAAACAUA